AGGUCAAAAGUUGAGCGGGUAACAACAACAUGGCGUCCGACAUGACAGACGCAGCUCCGGACUCGGUGCAAUGUCCCGUUUGUUUCAAAGACUUCACGGCCGGUACAAUUAACGGACACCUCGACGUGUGUCUGCUGAAGAGCGACACCGACAGCAGUCCGUCCACAGCACACGACAGCGAACCUCCGGUAAAGAAAACUCGCAUUACUGCGGAGACUGCGGCCACCACCUCCUCUUCUUCCUCCUCCUCCAUGUUUUCUCUGUUUCACACCAACAAGGGGAAAGUGUCAGUUCAAAAUGAACGGAACGGUUUGUUUACAAGUAAACAAAGUCCCUCUGGGUCUGGCAACAAGGGGGUGAAACGUUUACUGACUGAGGCUGAGCUCGGAGCAGAGCCUGCGAAGAACCAGCAACUUGGGCAGACUGUGAAGGCAGCUCAUGAUUUGUCUCCCCGGACGUUGUUCACUGUAGACAAACCUCUGGCGGACACACUGAGGCCCAACACCCUGGAGGAAUACUUCGGUCAAAGUAAAGUUGUAGGUCAACAAACGCUCCUCCGCUCACUUCUGGACUCCCAGGAAAUCCCGUCUCUCAUCCUGUGGGGACCACCGGGCUGUGGAAAGACCACUCUGGCCCACAUUAUCGCCAGCAACAGUAAAAGGAAGGGAACGGCCCGGUUUGUUACACUGUCUGCCACCAGUGCAUCCGUCAAUGACGUCCGAGAGACGAUCAAGCAGGCGCAGAAUGAGCUCCGACUGUGCAAGAGGAAGACCAUCCUGUUCAUUGAUGAAAUCCACCGCUUCAACAAAUCCCAACAGGACACCUUCCUUCCCCAUGUGGAGUGCGGGACGGUAACUCUGAUUGGAGCAACCACUGAGAACCCGUCCUUUCAGGUGAACGCUGCCCUGCUGAGCAGAUGCAGAGUGCUGGUCCUGGAGAAGUUGUCUGUGGAAGCAAUGGGCUUGAUCCUGGACAGGGCUGUGGCCAGACUUGGGAUCAAAAUCCUGGGACAUGAUCCAGCAAAUCCCAAAGAUCAAGGCCAAACACAUGGAAAUGAGACAAGUAUUUUCAUUGAACAAAAAGCCUUGGACACUAUAGCCUACCUUUGUGACGGUGAUGCAAGAACAGCACUUAACAGUCUCCAGCUGGCCGUUCAGGCUCAGGUGAGCUUGGCCCGACCAAAGGUGUCAGCCCAAAACGGUUCUCCUCAGGAGAUACUGGUGACAGAGGAACAUAUCAAGGAGGGUCUCCAGAGGUCUCAUAUUCUCUAUGAUAAAGCUGGUGAGGAGCAUUACAACUGUAUCUCAGCGUUACAUAAGUCUAUGAGAGGCUCCCAUGAGAAUGCCUCUCUGUACUGGCUGGGUCGCAUGCUGGAGGGCGGAGAGAAUCCACUCUAUGUAGCUCGCAGGCUGGUCCGCUUCGCCAGUGAGGAUGUGGGACUGGCAGAUCCCUCCGCUCUCCCUCAGGCUGUGUCUGCCUUCCAAGCCUGCCACUUCAUUGGAAUGCCUGAAUGUGAGGUGAUUCUGGCCCAGUGUGUGGUCUAUUUGGCUCGAGCCCCCAAGUCUGUGGAAAUCUACCAGGCCUAUGAUAAUGUGAAGGCCUGUUUGAGAAAACACAAAGGCCCUUUGCCUCCUGUCCCUUUGCACCUCCGCAAUGCCCCCACCAAGCUGAUGAAACAACUGGGCUACGCUAAAGGCUACAAAUACAACCCAGCCUUCAGCCAUCCUGUAGAGCAGGAGUACUUACCUGAAGAGCUGCGAGACAUUAACUUCUUCAAAUGGACGCCUGCUGACCCAUAAGAGUGAUAAUUUUACUUUGUAAUAUUUUGUGAUAAUUUACUCUGAAUAAUGUAAAGCCAAAGCUGCUUAAGAAAAAUGUGUUUUGGGAGAAGUUUGAUUAUAGCUGUUGAUCACUUACAGUUAGAAUUUUGGCUUAUGUUUAAAUAAACUAAUCAUUUGCCAAAAGUUCAUUUACAUUUGGAGUCCAUCAGUCAGUCAUCAUGUUCUAUUCAAAUUACUGGACAACUUUACAUUUCAUUUAUGUUCAGAAAUGUUCACAUAAUUGUCCUAAAUCCAUUUUAAUACAGUGGAUGAAUAUUCACAGUUUGUUUUGUAUUUCCAUUUACUUUGUUAAAUCUCUCAAUAUUAAGAUAUACCUUUGUACUAUCCUUGACAAUUUUGCACUCACUGUUUAAAUUGCUUAAAAUGUGUGUUUCUUUAUUUGACAAAUACUUUACAUUUCUCAUAGCCUUGUAUAUAUUUGAAUGAAAUAAAAGCCAAGUGUAUGGACAUUUCA